GUGAUGACAACGAAAUUCCCGCACAUGUGAUAAAUGAUUGGGCCGUCAGUCGGACAUUCCAGAUACUGUACCGUAGUGAAGAUAUUGCCAUUAAUGAUGUGAUAUUAUACAGGUUCCAUACACUGGUUAACAGUGCUCAUUUAGAAGAUGAAAUAUCCAAGUUAGAGAUACAGCUGAUGGUGGAAUUGUGGUUCUCAGAGGAACAAAAUGGGACAGGAGCGGUGCUUGCAAAGGCUGAAUGUGCCAGUCAGAGGCAGUUAAACCUUCAUAUCAACCCAACUAAAGGUUUACACCAUCAUGUACCACUACUGUUUGAUUACUUCCAUUUAUGUUGUGUAGAACUGACUGUACAUGGUACACUUAUUGCCAUACAUCAACCAUUUCUUAGUGUACCUAAGCAGCCAAAAACAGCUUGGUCAAGCAGAAAUCCAGAGUUAUCUACCAUAGAGACUGUGUAUUUUGGUGACAGACAAAUCUCUAGUGACCCAGAGAAAUGUUUGCCCAUCAAUUUACAUGCAGCUUGGCAGAUGCACCAUAGAAUAUGUAACUUACUGUUGUCAGCAUAUGAAAGUCUCCAAAGUACCUUUGAGUAUUACCUCAGUGAUAUUUGCGGAUCUCACUCCAAACUUGAACAUAUAGACUGUCACCAGAAACUACAGAAGAUUAUGGACAGUAUAAGAUUGAUAGAUAAUGAGGAAGAUCUGAUACAAAAUGGAACAAGGGACAUAACUCAGUUGUGUGCAGCUAAUGUGAUACUAUGGACCCAGUUUUUAGAGACUGUUACACUUGAUCAGGGCAUUAUUUUCCAUCUAGCCAAAGAGCAUCACAGUAUACGGGUGAAGAGACUAGCUGAGGGGUUCUUUAUGCAUGAAUAUCCAAAGAAUGAAUGUUUAUCUUGUUAUGAACCUAGUUACCAUGGACACAGUGAUUUAGCGGCAAUGGUACGUAGUUCGAUGUAUCUACAGAUGCUACCACCACUUGAUCUGGAAUGUUUGGAACUGGACGGUGAUCAAACAUCACUACCUGUCAUAUUUGAAGAUAUCUAUUUUGAUCAGGCUUCGAAUUCAGAUGAUAACAAAAGGAGCUCAAGAGCCAGUUCUAUAUCCCCAAAUUUCACACAGAAACAUUCUCCGGAAAUACGACAUAAACAGAAGCGUAACUUCAUUAAGAAUAUUCGACCCGAUACUUUUAAACGUCCGUCAUCCUUCAAUCUCAAGGAAGCUGAAGAAGCUGCAGCUAAGUCUAGAGGUCCUAAAGACGUUACUCUUGUUGGAUAUCGUAAAACAGUGGCGUCGCCAAACGUUCACAGCAGGAUGAUUGAGGACGAGACUAAUCUUGGAACGUUUAGUCCGCUAACCUCUACAUCCUAUACACCACAAGUGCCUGGCUCAAUGUCUAAUUCCGUGUCGUUACCUACACUUGAGCGAGCAGAAUGGAGUCGAAACAGUGACGGAACUUUACCGGAGUAUAUGAAAGUUGCCAGACGAUCAUUACGGAAACAAAGAAAAAAGAAAUCUUCAUUGAUAACGGUGGAUUUUGUAGGAGGUUCAGAUCCAGAAAUGAGUAUUGAUGAAGAAAAUUCAGAGGAAUCUGAAGUUCCACGUCGGUUAAAAAGAGCAUUAACUGAUCCGGUAAGGCAUUCAAGUGUUAGAAGUACUUCAAAUGAAACUGGUGCAGACUCUAAUAUUGCUAGUGAUGAUACUGCAGAUGGGAAUAGUAAAACAAGUAUUCAUAAAGAUAUAGUUGAAUCUCAUUUAGCUAGGAAAGAAAAAGAAAAUACGAAUGAGCAGGAUUUAGUGAAAAAACAGCUUGACUUUAAAGAUGAAAUGCACAGAAAUUUAUCCUAUUGUCUAACUCAGGCUUUAGGAGAAGACGGUUUACAUGACAGUGAUAAAAGUGAUGAUGAAACGUGUAUACAAAAUGGUUACGAUGAAUUUCUUGAGGAAGAAUUAAGACAAAGAGCGCGGCAUUCUGGUCAUUCACAUUAUGAAGACAGUAUUAAUUCAGAUAAUAAUCAUGACAGUGAUACUGUUGAAAGAAAGGGAGAUAAUUCUGAAUCUGCUGAUGAAAAUGUUCAUAGUUCGGGUCAUCAGGGUCUUACGGUUAGGGAUAUUCUCAAAAACAAUGUUUUGCAAUUGACUUCCCCGGGUGCUAGAUCUGACACAGAAAAUAGGGGAGAUUCUCAAGUAAUGUUAAAUGGGGAUGCGGAUUCUCAUUUAGACAUUCUUAGUAUUAGUGAAGUUAAUAUUACUAAAGAUUCUGCAAGGUCAGAAGAGGGUUCAAUAGGCGGUACAAGUCGACAGUCUGUAGCUAGGGCUGAAUUGACUGGUACCGCUGACUCAGGAGUUGUUAUGACUGGUUCCCAGACUACUUUAACUUCUAAAAAUAGCUCAACUGUUGAAAUUGUUUCAGAACACGAUCAUAGUUUUGAGAAUGAGGCUGAAGUGACAGUUAUUGAACUUCUUCGAGAAGAGUAUAAGAAAACACCGAUAAUUACAGGUCCGGAUUUAGAUAAAAGUAUUUCCGAUUUUAGUGAUUCUGGGGUUUCAGUAAUGUCACACAAAAAUCACAAAGCUUCGAGCGAUUCAAAUUUACUUCAGUCCGUAGAAACACUCGAUAUAUCAGACGGCAUGGACACUAAAAAAACACCCGAUGUAAUGGUUACGUCGGCGUCUUUUCCCGACAUCACUAAACUAUCUGAGGCGGUUAAGGAUCGCCCUAAACUUGUUGAUAAAGUGGGACAUAGUACAGUAAAUUUCAUUACAAUGAGGGAAAAUCUGAAGUCUCGGAUGAAGUAUCAGGGACAUCUUUACAGUGAAUUCCCGACAUUAGCAUCACAGAUUCCGUAUUUUCAUGUCCCAGAUACUACGGAGGAUGAAAAUCAAGAUGGCUGCCAUAUGAUUGUUUGUGUACAUGGACUUGAUGGAAACAGUGCCGAUCUACGACUAGUAAAGACGUACAUGGAGAUGGCGUUGCCGGGAUACAGACUGGAGUUUCUGAUGUCAGAGAGGAACCAGACGGAUACGUUCGCCGACUUUGAGGUUAUGACACAGAGGCUGGUCAAUGAAGUAUUACAUCAUAUAGAGAUGUAUUCAUUAAAAGUGGCUAAACUAAGUUUUAUUGGUCAUUCCCUGGGUACAAUCAUUAUUCGGUCAGCACUGACCAAUGUAGAGAUGAUACCACUGUUACCUAAACUUUACACCUUCCUCUCACUGUCAGGACCACAUCUAGGUACUCUCUACAACAACAGUGGACUUGUUAACAUGGGUAUGUGGUUUAUGCAGAAAUGGAAGAAGUCUGGCUCCCUGCUUCAGUUGUCCCUAAAAGAUGGUGUAGAUCCUAGACAGUCAUUUCUGUUUAAACUGAGCCAGAAACCAGGUUUGGAAUUUUUUUGUCAUGUGUUACUCGUGGGUUCCUCUCAGGAUAGAUAUGUUCCUUACCAUUCCUCUAGAAUAGAAAUGUGUAAAGCUGCCCAAAGGGAGAGCACUGGACUUGGAUCUGUGUAUGCUGAAAUGGUGGCAAAUAUUUUACAGCCGAUAGUGAAUAAUCCAAAGUGUAAACUAAUUCGUUAUGACAUAUUUCACGCUCUACCUAGCACGGCAAACACGAUUAUUGGAAGAGCGGCCCAUAUAGCUGUUCUAGACUCGGAAAUCUUCAUCGAGAAAUUCCUCAUGGUGUGUGGACUGAAAUAUUUCAAAUAGAAUCAAAGUAUCUAAUAGUUAAGGUAUUUUCGCAUUGGUGUUAAGGACAUAAAAACAACAACAAAAAAAAAACAACAUUUAAUCAAUUGACUUUACAGGAUAAUCAGUAGAAAUUGUUGACACAUGUGCAAACUUAGUUUUAUUGUUGAAAAUACAUUUUCAGAUGUAUUCAUCCCACUGUGUCAUAAAGGCAUUUAGUUAUCUUCAAAUGGUCCUUAGGGAGAUAUUUGAUAGAUAUACAUGUUGAUAUAUAAGUCAUAUUGUGUGGCCAAUGAAGUCAGUCAGUCAAUUCCUAGAUUAUUGA